AUGUCGGAGGAGAAAACACAUGACACAUCAAACAAUGAACGACCUACCAUAAAUCGGGUCGAAUCAGACACCUUCGUUGAAGACAUCCCUGCCUCACCCUCAGACAAACCACCAGAUGGAGGCUACGGCUGGGUCUGUAUCUUUGCCUGCUUUCUAAUUAAUGGCGCUACCUGGGGAAUAUGCGCAAGCUAUGGUGUAUACCUGAACUACUACUUGACUCAAAAUAUCUUCCCCGGCUCCAACGACAUUGACUAUGCCUUUGUCGGAGGUAGCAACUUCGCCGCCGCUCUCAUCACUGCGCCAGGCGUGAACUGGUUGUUGCGGAGGCUGGGUACACAUCCCGUCAUGCUGAUGGGUGGCGUGACCUGGCUUCUAGGCUGGAUAGCAGCGAGUUUCGCUAAGACGUUGUGGCAGCUUGUGCUAAGUCAGGGAGUCUGUAUAGGUAUUGGCUUGGGAUUGAUAUGGCAACCUUCGACGGGUAUCAUAAGUCAAUGGUUUCAGAAGAGGAGAAGUAUGGCACAAGGCAUUACUAGUGCUGGGAGUGGCUUUAUUGGCAUCGUCUACAGUGCCAGCACGACACAUAUGAUCGACAAUCUGGGUCUUGCUUGGUCGCUGAGGAUCACUGGCAUCACCAGCUUUGCUAUGCUGCUAAUCGCCACGGCAUUGAUCAGAGAUCGAAACAAGGUGGUACGGCCGACGAUCCAUCCUUUCGAUGUUAACAUCCUCAAGAGAUACCAAGUGUGGAUGGUGUUGGGCUGGAGUGUCUUCAGUCUGCUCGGAUAUAUGGUGCUACUGUACAGUCUUGGUAACUACGGCAAGACCUUGGGACUGAAUCAGAAGCAGGCAGGAAUUAUCAUCACCAUGGUGAACCUGGGCACAGGUAUCGGUCGAAUGUUCGUCGGUGUCAUAUCAGAUCGACUCGGUCGCGUCACGGUGUCUGGCACUUGUGCAGCUUUGUCUGGGGUCUCUUGCUUCGUCUGGUGGAUUAACGCACGCGACUAUGGUUCCCUAAUAUCAUUCGCACUGGUGGUGGGCAUGAUUUUUGGGGUAUACUGGGCCACGAUUGCACCCAUCUCAGCUGAAGUUGUGGAUCUGAAAGACCUGCCGUCACUGUUGUCGUUGGUCUGGCUCGUCGACGCCACACCAACAUUGUUUUCAGAAGCCAUUGCGCUUGAGCUCAGGACAGGGCGUGGAAAUAGGCCUUACCUCUACCCACAGAUAUACUCAGCUCUAUGUUAUCUCGUGGCAGCUGGGUUUCUGUUGGAGCUGAGGAGAAACAAAUGGGGACUGUUAGCAAGAGAAAAGAAUAGAUAG